ACCCCCGCCGCCCUGUCAACCACCGGAUUGAUUUGUAAUGCCAAAAAUGACCAGUCUGACAUAACGCUAGAAAAGCAAUAUCCGAUUGACUAUAACAACGAGAGCCCGCAGGCAUAUCGCACGGUAGCUAUUUAUUCCCGUAUUUAUUUAUUUAUAUUCGUUUUUAUCCCCUUCCAUUGAUUUUUCAGUAACGGCUGGGCUCGCGGGCUGCGGCUGCUGAGAGGCAGGUGCAUCGUCAGACAGACGCUCGUUGGGCGUGAUGUGAUGGAUUCCGCUCCAGUGCAGCGAUGAGACGGACGCAACCGGAGAAUCACCGAGUAGCAGCGAGGCGCGUGUGAUCGAGCUGCCGACACUGUGGCGCAGGAGCACGGGCGGGCAAGAGGGCUCGGCCCCUCGCGAGCGCUCCGUCUGAUCAACAAAUAUUGAAUAUUAAGCGCCCGUACGUCCCGAAACACGGCUGUUGCUGGUGGGAUCGGGCCGUGGAGCGAAGUAGCAUCAUGUGCACCUGAUGACAUUGUCAUGAAUUCAUAGAAGCCAUUUCGCCAUUUCGAUUCGUGUCGCCGGUUUACUAUUUAUUCUUCCUCUAAUAACGAGUUUCGAUCAGACGCCGCCAGGAUGAUGGAGCUGGACGAGGUGGUGUACCAGGACGAUUAUGGGGCAGUGUCUGUCAUGUCAGAGCGGGUGUCGGGCCUGGCCAGCGGCAUUUACCGGGAGUUCGAGCGCCUCAUCAAAAGCUACGAUGAGGAGGUGUUGAAGGAGCUGAUGCCGCUGGUGGUGAACGUCCUGGAGAACCUCGACUCGGUGUUAACGGAGAACCAGGAGCACGAGGUGGAGCUGGAACUUCUCAAGGAGGACAACGAGCAACUCAUCACGCAGUAUGAGCGGGAGAAAGCGCUGCGCAAACAGGCGGAGGAGAAGUUCAUUGAAUAUGAAGAUGUCUUGGAGGCAGACAAGAAGGAGUUGCAGUCCAUGUUGGAGACUUUGGAGCUACAAACAAAACAACUCGAGCUGAAGGCCAAGAACUAUGCUGACCAGAUCUCUCGUCUGGAAGAACGAGAAUCAGACAUGAAGAAAGAGUAUAACGCCCUUCACCAGCGCCAUACAGAGAUGAUACAGACAUAUGUGGAACACAUUGAGCGUUCAAAGAUGCAACAGACAGGCAGCAACCAGUCUGAAUCUACAGGCUGCGGACGGGCUCCACGACACAACAAGAGGAAAAGUAAAACAGAGCGCCCCCCAUCACUGAGUUUGUUUCCUGGCGGAGAUGGCAUGGAGGAUGGCUCAGAUUCAGACUCCGUCGCAGCCACGCCCAGCAGCACAGGGAGCAAAUCAAACACUCCCACCUCAUCUGUUCCCUCGGCAACAGUUACCCCUCUGAAUGAUGGGCUGGUAUCGGUGGGAGAGUUCGACAUGUCCCGUAGGCGGGGCCGCAAGAAUGCAAAGCGUCUUAGUAGAAACAUGGAGGUGCAGGUCUCUCAGGAAACCAGGAACGUCAGCAUUGGUAUGGGCAGUAGUGAUGAAUGGUCAGAGUUUCAGGAAAUUAUAGACUCAACACCAGAGCUAGAUAUGUGCUUGGACCCUCGAAUCUUCGGAGGAAGAAACAGUCCUUCUCAGGGCAUAGUGAAUGAGGCAUUCGGCAUCAACACAGACUCUCUGUACCAUGAGAUCAAAGACGCCAAGUCUGACAUCAUCGGUGAUGUGGACGCAGGAGCCGAACUUCUCGGGGAAUUCUCAGUCCGGGAUGAUUUCUUUGGCAUGGGGAAAGAGGUGGAAAAUCUGCUAACAGAGAACAAAAAACUACUGGAGACCAAGAAUGCCCUGAAUAUUGUGAAGAAUGACCUGAUUGCUAAAGUAGAUGAGCUGUCGAGUGAACAGGAAGUUCUCCGGGAAGAGCUGGAAACAGUGAAACAGUCCAAGAGCAAAGUGGACCAGAGAGUGAAAGAACUGGAGGAAGAGCUAAAGAGGUUGAGAGCUGAAGCUUUAGGAGUAUCUCAGGACUCUAAAGAUGAGGGCGGAGAGGAUUACUCAUCUCCACUGCAGGACGAUGUGGCCAUGACACAGAGACGACGGUUCACACGUGUAGAGAUGGCCCGUGUGCUGAUGGAGCGCAACCAGUACAAGGAAAGACUGAUGGAGCUUCAGGAAGCUGUGCGCUGGACCGAGAUGAUCAGGGCAUCUCGAGAGAGUCCUCUACCAGAGAAAAAGAAGUCCAUAAUCUGGCAGUUCUUUGCACGCCUUUUUAGUUCAUCUGCGAGCCCUCCUCCAGUGAAACGGCUGUACACCAGUGUCAACAUUCACUACAAGUCUCCCUCUCCUGCUGGCUACAACCAGAGACGCUCCCAAACCAUGUGCCAGAUCUCCACCUCCAGCUGCAUACUGGAGUUCAUGCCUGAAGAACUGCCCAGUAAUGGUGUUGCGUCUCUCCUCAGCGAUUCUGCGCUCUGUACACGCAGAGAGCAGCGUCGAGAGCAGUACCGGCAGGUGCGCGAGCACAUGCGCCGGAAGGACGGCCCCAUGCAGACCUGUGGCUGGAGUGUCCCGUCCCGAUUGAAACAGAACGGCUCCCAGGCGGACAGCGCUCAAGAUGCCACAGCGAAGAGGACGCAGGCCAAUGAGAAAGAGGAUAAUCGCAUGAAAAAUGUCCCUGUGCCAGUUUACUGCCGCCCUCUAGUUGAGAAAGACCCCAACAGGAAGCUAUGGUGUGCUGCUGGUGUGGAUCUCACUGGCUGGAAGACACCCAAUCAGGAGACUGCAGCUGUGAAGCUGUCCAAUGGCUCAGAUCCUUUGACUGCUGAAGAUGAAGGCGGAGACAGCAAGAGUGAGCAGAGCUCACCAGAGAAAAAGAAGCCUAAAGAACUGCAUGAGACUGACUCCAUGAGCAGCCGCGUGUGGAUUCUGACCAGCACUCAUUCAGCCAGUAAAGUGGUGAUUAUCGACGCAAACCAGCCCUGCUCACUGGUCGACCAGUUUAAUGUGUGUAAUGCCCAUGUGCUGUGCAUCUCCAGUGUACCAGCGGCCAGUGAGAGCGAUUACCCAGCAGGUGAGAUAUUUCUGGAGCAGCAGGCUGGAGAUGGGCCUUCAGAGGAGAAGGGUGGAGUGGAGGGCAUGCUGGCGGGGAUCACCAUCGUGGGCUGUGCCACUAACUGCAGCGUAGUGCGCAGCAACUGCUCCUCUCGCACCGACACACCUGUGCAGGACCGAAGCCAAGCUCCUACAGCUCCAGUGUGCAGAAGCCUAGCAGUGUCACAGUCUGCGGAGGAAGCCACAGAAGCCAUUGAGGUGUCUGAGGAGGCAGGGCCUAAUGAGAAUGAGGACAGCACACUCGGACCUUUCACCGAGCAUGUCUUUACUGACAACACACACAGUGAAGCAGGUGUGCCGAAGGAGCAAGUGACAUCAGCCCCCACAGACUCAGAAGAGGCAGGAGACGACCGGGCGGGAACAAGUGCUGCCCCAACCAUGUGGCUGGGAGCCCAAAAUGGCUGGCUUUAUGUCCACUCUGCAGUGGCCAACUGGAAGAAAUGCCUCCAUUCUAUCAAACUCAAAGACUCUGUACUGAGUUUGGUACAUGUGAAAGGGAGAGUUUUGGUUGCGUUAGCUGAUGGAACUCUUGCAAUCUUCCACAGAGCUGAAGAUGGACAAUGGGAUCUAUCUAACUAUCAUCUUAUGGAUCUGGGAAGACCCCACCACUCCAUCCGAUGCAUGGCUGUGGUUCAUGACAAAGUCUGGUGUGGAAACAAGAACAAGAUCCAUGUGAUCCAGCCCAAGAGCAUGCAGAUUGAGAAAUCAUUUGACGCUCACCCACGCAAGGAGAGCCAGGUGAGGCAGCUGGCAUGGAUUGGUGAUGGUGUCUGGGUUUCAAUCCGGUUGGAUUCUACACUCCGUUUGUACCACGCACACACACAUCAGCAUCUGCAAGAUGUGGAUAUCGAGCCUUAUGUCAGCAAGAUGCUGGGUACAGGAAAGUUGGGCUUCUCUUUUGUCAGGAUAACUGCGCUGCUGAUUGGAGGAAACCGAUUGUGGGUGGGGACUGGAAAUGGUGUCAUCAUCUCAAUCCCUCUGACUGAAACCGUAGUGCUUCAUCGAGGGCAGCUCCUCGGACUGAGGGCCAAUAAGGUGUCACCCACAUCAUCGGGGGGCGUGAUCCACGUAUAUGCAGAUGACAGUAACUCUGAGAAGAGUAGCUUCAUACCAUACUGCUCUAUGGCACAGGCUCAACUCUGUUUCCAUGGACACAGAGAUGCAGUCAAGUUCUUCGUGUCAGUGCCAGGCAAUGUGUUGGCCACCCUGAAUGGUAGCGUGUUGGACAGUCCGUCAGAGUCUCAGGGGUCCUCAGCCCCGACAGACACAGAAGCACAGAGCGUUCAGAACGUGCUGGUGCUGAGUGGAGGAGAGGGUUAUAUUGACUUCCGUAUCGGUGAUGGGGAAGAUGAGACAGAGGAAGCAGAUGGUGAAGCUCCUCAGAUGAAGCCAGCGUUGUCUAAAGCAGAGAGGAGUCAUAUCAUUGUGUGGCAAGUGUCUUAUGGUCCGGAGUGACAUGAACAGACGCCUCCUGCCUGUCCCCCUUUCCGCCCUAUAAGUCCGCCCCCAAAGACGAAGUAUGAAUCCUUUCUGUAACUAUGCCCCGAAUUGUGUACCUAAGCUAUGUACCUACCACAGCCUUGUAACUACCCCUUCAAAGUCUUAUAUUCACCCCGUUAGCCUGUAUUUUCCUACCCUCAAUUAUAACUACCUGUACGAUCCUUCAAUCCACCUUAUAACAUUCCCUUCCCAACAAAAACACACAAAGUUCAAGAACUUCCUGCAUCUUAUGACUGAAUAGCAAUUUUAAAUGAAAUAUAAACAGUUUAAAUCCAGUACCAAACUAUGUUCCUGAAAGAACUGCCCAGUUUUUGCCAAAAACCCUGACCUUUAUUUUUGCAGUCCGUCAGCACACAGCUCACUGAAUGACAGGAACUCAUCAUGACCUCAAGUGACUUCAGAGAUGAGAGGAUUCAUUUUGGAAGAACCAGCUAGAUGUGUAAUGGAAUACAAGAGGGAAAAUGCAAACAAAACCUCAAUAUGUAAAUACUGGAAAGCAUCAUGGACUGCAGAGAGAAAUAAGAGUGAAUACUUGAGGAUAAUCAAAUAAGUGGUCAGGAUUUGUUGGCUAUCUAGCACAACCCAAAUAUGUCCCAAUGCCAUUUCAGCUCAUUAAGUAAAUAUGUAAAAGAAUAUUCAACAAAACUGAUUUAAAAAGCUCAAAAUCACUUCAACCAUUUGCAGCUAUCCAUUUUUCAACCUCAGUGAGAUGUGUGCUGACUAGCACUGCUAAAUUCCCUUUGGGAUUAAGAAUGAGGUUAACAGCUAAACCGAAGCAUUUGAUUGGACGAGGUUUGGAAGAGAUGGUCGUCCCAGUCGCCUUGUAAAUCAUCACUCUGUGUUCUCUGUGUGGUUAAGUAUUAAGAAAUAAACAUG